UAUGUUUCUCAUAAUGUCACCAUUUUGACUAGGGACAGUCCUUUACAAAUAUCUAAUUUGCUUUUCGUUGACAAAAAAGUCAUUUGGCAUCAAAUGACUCAAAACAAAUACCCAUCAAUUGUUCCGUACUAUCAGAAUGUUCAAAUUUAUCUAUAGGACUUGGUAGUUGCAAUUAUGCCACCAUCUUUUAUUUGUAACUACCACGCAAUUUCUUGUAUUUAUGAGUUGUAACUUCCUGCCGAAGAAACAUUACGUGGAGAUUAGAAAUUGCCAUUACAAAGUAGCUUUAUGACGUAAUUUGAGAUAGACACAAACAGAAAAUAGAAAAGGACCAAUAAUGGGAAGUAAUUAAUUAGAGGUAGUAAAUAGAAUACUAUACUUAAAACGAGGAUUUAUCUUUGUCGGUGGGGCCCACGCAAAUAUCUCCCGAAAUAGCCCUUGGCCUUAUCUCUCUCUCGAGUUAAUAUUUUUUUUUUUAUAUUCCGCGCAAACGGUUAUUUAGACAGAGCCAAAACACAGGGCAGGCAGCCGAAAUAUCGCCAAUUGCCGAAACAAACCAGAGCUCAACGUCGCAGUCGAAACCAAAGGUGAAGCCGAAGUUCUUUCCUUCUUUACUCACUAGGGUUUUUCCGCUUCGCGAAAUUCUUUUCGGAUUUCUUGUUUCUCUAUCUCUUCCGGUUCCCUCGAUCCCACGUCGACCCUUUUUCUUGUGUUUUUUCUCGGUCAGCUCUCUCUCAAUUGGUAUUUUUUUAUGUCCACAUAUGCUUGUGAUUGUCGCCACUUAUUAGCUCUUUUCUUGGAUGUAUUAGUCUACUUUGAUGAGUGAUGGUGAAAUUGCGGGUUUCCUCUCUGAGAGAGAGAGAGAGAGAGAGAGAGAGAGAGAGCGAUUUGAUGGAAGCUGUCAUCUUCUUGUUUGUUCAGAUCAAUGCCUGCUGUGUGGAAAUUUCUCGCUUCCUUGCGCGUUACUUAUCACGUAGCAGUCUAUCUGCGCGUUUUUUUUUUUUUUUGACAAAAACAAUUGGGUUUCUUGUUGGGUUUGAUCUUCUGCCUCAAUUGAGAUGCGCUCAAGAGGAGGUUUUAAGGUUCUCUCUCAUGGUUGACUGUUAUUGGCGAAGGUACUCCGGGAUAUUAUUUAUCCAAUCGAAUCGGUGAUCGGGAAAGGUCGAUUCUUUUCAUUCUUGGGUAGCUGUUUUGUGCUGAUAAGAUUGGUGGGUACUACAGCUCAGAUAAGUGGUAGGUUUAAGAUAUUAUUACUCCAUUGGUGGGAUAUAAAUAGGGUCUUCGUCAACGAUUAGAAGGGAAGGAAGAGGAAAAGUCAGGGUUGGUUUGAGGGCUUUCAUUCGUCUGCUAUAUAUCCCACCUUGUUUUAGUCGUUAGGCCAAUCAUUCUCUUUUGCAUCAUUCCACUUUUCUCUGUAGUCGACUCUGUAAGUUUCUCUCUCUUUCUAUCGUCUGCACGUUCAAUUGUUCGUUCUAGGUGGUUUAGAAGACUUCUGGGUAUUGGUUCAUUGGUAGAAAGCUUGUUAAGUUUGUGUUCUUUGCAUAUGGCCGUUGGAUCGCAUGCUCUGGUUUAGCCUGGAUGCAAUAGGCUUAAUGGCGAAUGUCUGAUGUCCGAAUUUUCUUCUUGAUCCCUUUUGACUGACUUCAUUGGUUUUGGUUAAUUUGAUCCGUGAUUAUUGUAGAGAAGAUGGGUAAUCUUUUUUGCUGCGUGCAAGUUGAUCAGUCCACUGUAGCUAUAAGGGAACAAUUCGGGAAGUUUGAUGAGGUUCUGGAGCCUGGAUGCCACUGUCUGCCGUGGUUCCUUGGUAAGCAGCUGGCUGGUCAUCUGUCUCUGAGAGUUCAGCAGCUGGAUGUUCGUUGUGAGACCAAGACAAAGGACAAUGUUUUUGUUACGGUUGUCGCUUCUAUUCAAUAUCGUGCCCUGGCAGAGAGGGCAAACGAUGCUUUCUACAAGCUUAGCAACACCAGGGGCCAAAUCCAGGCCUAUGUUUUUGAUGUGAUUAGGGCAAGUGUCCCAAAACUCCUUUUGGAUGACACUUUUGAGCAGAAGAAUGACAUUGCCAAAGCUGUCGAGGAUGAACUUGAAAAGGCUAUGUCUCACUAUGGAUAUGAGAUUGUGCAAACACUCAUUGUCGAUAUCGAACCAGAUGAGCAUGUAAAGAGGGCAAUGAAUGAAAUUAAUGCUGCUGCAAGAAUGAGGCUGGCAGCUACUGAGAAGGCAGAGGCUGAAAAGAUUCUGCAGAUCAAACGAGCUGAAGGUGAGGCUGAAUCGAAGUAUCUCUCUGGGUUGGGUAUCGCUCGCCAGAGGCAAGCAAUUGUGGAUGGAUUAAGGGACAGUGUGAUUGGCUUCUCUGAGAAUGUGCCGGGUACAUCUGCCAAAGAUGUCAUGGACAUGGUCUUGGUGACACAGUACUUUGACACCAUGAAGGAAAUUGGUGCUGCCUCCAAAUCCUCAGCUAUCUUCAUUCCCCAUGGACCUGGUGCAGUUCGUGAUGUUGCUUCUCAGAUUCGCGAGGGUCUUCUCCAAGCCAAUAAUGCUCAUUAAUUUGACAAAAACCUCCGAUGCCUAUUCGUGGUUGUGGUUUUCUCUCUUGCUUUGAACAAUACGGUUAUGGAUGCAAAUAGUUGGCUUAGGCUAUGGUGCUUUUUUCUUUUCGCAACAGAUUUGAGGUCUUCUGCUUAUUACCUGUAUAGCAUAUAUAUACAGAAGUACAAGCUGGGUUUGAGAAUUAGUUCGAAUGUCUCUGUUGGGAUUUUAGGGUUUGUGAAUGGGUAAUGAUUGUUAAUUCCUGCGCUGUAUUUUGUUGAUUUGAGAAUGAGGAUAUAUUUGCUUUGUGGCAUUUGGGGUCUUUUGCCCUAUUGGAGCUUGCCUGUCCAUGGAUUCAACAGCAGUUUGAAAAGUUGUCGUAUUCAGAAAUUUUUGGAUCCACGCUUAUUUCCAGCUCGUUGAAGCAUUUCAUAGCUUACUACACCCUUCCUCCUGACCUCCUGCCCUCAGGAAUAGUAAUACUUUGAAAAAUCUGUGAUUCAUCUAGUGAAACACGCUAACUUAAUAUAGGUUAUCGCACUGAAACUUCAGCUCUCUUUGUUUCAAUGUGAUAGUUUUUCGUUAUCAAGGUUGUCAAAUCGGUUUAUGCCAGUGUGCCGGUUUAGCAAGUUGAAUGGUUCAACCGGUGGUACAUACCAGUUUGUGCCGGUUCAUGCCGGUCAAUAUUACAAAUAAAAUUAUAAAUACUCAUAUAUUUAAACAUGACAUUUAACGUCAAUAUCUAAGCCUUUAUACUUGAAUCCAACAAAUAACAUCAAUAUUUAACUUUUAUACUCAUAAAAUAAAUAAUAAAAUAAUUUUUAUCAAUUAAA